UUUCCUAUCAGAGAUGACGUUGCAUGACGAAGACCUUAAAAGUAGUCAAGCGUAUGACGAGUCACAUCUUUAGUUCCCUGCUGCCUGUUUCUGGCAGACCUACAAUCAUCUUACAGAGCCGGAGUCAUGGGAAGGACGAGUGGUGUGAUGUUAAGGACACUGGUGAUUUGUGCUGUGUUUGCUCUUUAUCUGGCGGCUCCUACUGAGCCUGAGCCCCAGCAUGACUUUAAAUUUGGGGAUAUGAUUUCAGUUGCUCGUGGAGCAAAAAAGGCACCUUUAUUCACUCAUUGGGCUAUAUUUGUUGGGAAAGGUAAAGUUGACGGACUGGAAGAGAAAAAAGAUGAGGAAGACCUUUUCCAUAUAAACGCUGCCAACACCAUCACGCUUUCCGACUGUAUAUUUGGUAAAGUGGGAAAAACUAAUUACGUCAAAUCCAACUACCUUGACAAAGAUGAAAAAGGGAAUGGAUAUGACGUCCAAAGUAGAGAAAAUAUGAUAAAGAAAAUUAAUGAGUUACACCAUAAAUGUAGCAAGUGGUCGCCAACGAAACAUAACUGUGAGCAAGUAGCCACUUCUAUCCGCUACGGAUUUGAACACAGCGAGCAGAGAGGUACCUUGGUUGAAGGAAAGUUUCGUUUUAGAAGUGAAAAACCAGCCAACAAUAGCAAACGCUCUCUCUCUGACGUGUUGAAAGAGGACUCAAGCCUGGCUGCUGCUGGAGCGUGACGCCGCUGCUGUCCUCGUGUCCUGGGACAUACAUCUACAUAAUAAACUAAAGCAUGCAUCACGUCUGCUGUCUGUCAUUACAUUACAACUCACUCUCCAACACCUGCACCAAGCAAAAAUCAUUUUAAAUAAAUAAUGUAAUGUAAGGCCCACACGUUGGCCCCAAAAGCGGAAUCAUGGUCUUUUUUUAGCACUUAAUCUAUUAGAACUAAUUUCUGUAUUCAAUCCGACUCCAUAUUUAAAUGACUAUUACUAAUUUCACUAUUCUUGUUGUUAAUUUGUACAUUAGAUUAUUUCGUUCCUUAGAAACAAUGU